AUGGCGCUCAAAAAGUUGAAGCUCCCUCAACACCCGCAGACGCAAAUAGGCUUCUUCACAUUGCCCGCAGAGCUGCGCAACAAGAUCUACGCGUUGGCUCUUACGCUCCCUGCAAACGACGCUGGCUGCGUGGAGACCAUUCCGAUGUAUGAGAAAUAUACGAACCGGCAACCGUCCUUCUUCAGCAUCCUGCAAACUUGGCAGGCGGUCUAUCACGAGGCUCGCGGCUUGGUCUCUACGAUCAAUCAUUUCCAGCUGUGCCCCCCUUAUUCGCACGUGCGUUUGGUCCGCAGUUACAGCGCGGGCGCUCUGACGAUAAGUGCAGCGGCUUUCAAAACGGUCACCGCAGUCAUGGACGCUGCUUGGAAGUUUCCUUGGGCCUGCAGCCAGCUGCGUUCGUGUUCCGGCCUCCAGCGGCUACAAUUACAGCUCCGCAACAAUCGGUUAUUCGACGCAUUCGGGUUGGAUCGCGGCGUCAAAAGGCUCCGCAUCGUCUUCUUGGACGAUCAGAAGAGUCUCCAGGCCGCAGCGCAGAAACUGCCAUCGUCUCUCCGACUGAUCGAAGUAUCUUUACAGCGCCAUGAUAUUCUCGAGCUACCCGAAGCCAUACGAGCGGGGUGGCAGCAGGAGUACGAAAGCCUAGAGCGCGAAGUGUGUGGCUGGAUCGCACAGGCGUAUCGGGAGGCUUAUGGCAAAGUUCUCCAUCAGCAGGACAGCGACAGAAUUACGUAA